ACCUAAAUGUUAUGGUAAUGGUUGCAGUAGUCUUCCUCUUACAUUACAAACAGGUCUGAUCAUAGAACCAUCUUGGUGGAGGUAAAAAGGAAAAAGCCUGUUUGUUCCAUCACAGGUUUAUUGUAUGAACUGGGUACAGUGUGUAACUGCACAACUCCUCUCACUCUGACCUACUAUCAGUUUGCUGAUAACAUUGGGUUUAAAGGGCCUUUGACUUACUAAGCAGCAAUGGGUUAUAGGUGGGCUGGAACUGGUUCCUUAAAACUGGUCAUUCCAAAGUUCAACUUUUUUCCUUGAGAUAGACAAAAGCUUGUCAGGAGAUUUAGAUCUAUACCCACAGAAACACACAUAGGGUUCAAUCCAUUAUUAGUUUUCAAUAAUUUUGUGAAAGUCUUUGUUACGACAUAUUGGUUUGUCCAAUGCAGUACUGCAGUACACGAGGUGGGGUCCAUGGAUGGGACUUCCGGGAUGUGCUGUUCUCAGGUUAUGCUCCAGAUGGGGGGAUGUUCAUGCCAGAGAGUGUUCCAGUUCUGAGUCUAAACACUCUGCGGGACUGGAGUGGGCUGUCCUACACCCAACUGGUAGUGGAGGUUGCCUCGCUCUUCAUCCCCACUCAGCUCAUACCAAGGCAGGAUGUGGAGGCCCUAGUGACUACAGCCCUCUCUGGUUUCUCUGUGCCUGAAGUUGUCCGAAUUGCCAGACUGAAGGACAGUCUUUCUGUCCUUGAGCUCUUCCAUGGGGACACGUUGGCUUUUAAAGAUCUAGCUAUGACCUGUACUGUACGCUUCCUGGACUACUUCCUGCAAAAAGAGAAUCGCAGAGCUACUGUUCUUGUAGGCACAUCAGGGGACACUGGGGGCUCGGCCAUCCAGAGUGCCAAAGGUCUGUCUGGUUUGGAUGUGGUGGUGGUUUACCCCCGAGGACGCAUUACUCCUGUCCAGGAGAAACACAUGAUCACCUGUCUGGAGGAUAAUGUCCAUGUAUUUGCAGCGGAUGGCUGCUCAGAUGACAUUGACCAGCCUCUGCGAGGCCUGUUUGGUGACCAGGAGCUGGUCACGUCUCAUGGUCUGAUGAGCCUCAACUCAGUGAACUGGUCCAGAAUCAUGGUCCAGCUGGCUCACUUCAUCUAUGCGUACCUGCAGCUCAGUGAUGUGGAGCGGGCUGAAGACGACGGAGCUCUGCCUGAGCUGGAGGUGGUGGUUCCCACCGGAGGGGCAGGAAACAUUGCAGCUGGUUUCAUUGUAAAGCAGAUGGGGGUGCCCCUGAGACUUGUGGCCAUGGUGAACUCUAAUGACAUAGUGCACCGAACGGUAACCAGCGGGGACUUUUCCAUGGCAACUAAUGUCAUGCAAACCUUGGCCCCCGCCAUAGACAUUCAGGACCCAUACAACAUGGAGCGAGUGUUCUGGCUUCUGCUGGGCAAAGACGGAGCUUCAGUAAAGAAAAUGAUGGAGAACUUUCAGCAUUCCCAUAGACAUUCGCUGCCUGAAAACCACCGCAGACUGCUCUCACAAGUUCUGUCAAGUGGAACUGUUUCUGAUGAAGGCAUCCUGGAGACUAUGAGGAGGUGUUGGGAGGAAAACCAGUAUGUGCUGUGUCCUCAUACAGCUGUGGCUGUUUGGCAUCACUACCACUGUCCUCACAGCCCAGGGAUAAACAGAUGUUACAUUGCCACUGCAUCUCCAGCCAAGUUUCAAUCAGCUAUACAGAAGGCUGGCCUGACCUUUGACCUCCCUGAGAAAGUACAGGAGUUGGACAAGUUAGCUACUCGUUAUGAAAACUUGGAAAGGAGCCCAAACUGGUGCAAAGACUGGGAAGGCAGACUGAGAGAGAAAAUCCAAUAUGUCAGUGCAGCUAGGAAAAACAGAGUCAGUUAUUACAGAUGACACAUCGUUACAUUAAACACUACUUUUUUACUUCAGACUUAUCUGAAUUAUAUGCUGUGUAAGGGGUGACACUGUGAUGUUUUGUUCUUGAUCUAUGCCCUCUCUUAUCUGGUUUUACUUAUGUAGAUGGGAAAGUCUUUAAAUGUCUUUUCAUUGCAUCAUUAAAGGCUUUUGUCUCAAACCA